CGCGGUGUGCUUCUUCCUCGAGACUCUUUCCACAGCCUGGGCGGGGAGGCCGAGAAGCUGCGGGCCGGCGGACGGGAUGAGCUGUGGAACCCUAAUAAUAUUGGAUCAAAAUCAAUCUGGACUACAGAUUUUUAGAAGCUUUGACUGGAGUGAUGGAUUGUUUGAUGUUACCUGGAGUGAAGACAAUGAGCAUGUCCUUGUCACCUGUAGUGGUGAUGGCUCACUGCAGCUCUGGGACACUGCCAAAGCUACAGGGCCCCUCCAAGUCUAUAAAGAACACACUCAGGAGGUGUAUAGUGUUGAUUGGAGCCAAACCAGAGGUGAACAACUUGUGGUAUCUGGCUCAUGGGAUCAAACUGUCAAAGUGUGGGAUCCAACUGUUGGAAAUUCUCUGUGUACCUUUAGAGGGCACGAAAGUGUCAUUUACAGCACAAUCUGGUCUCCCCACAUCCCUGGUUGUUUUGCUUCAGCCUCAGGUGAUCAGACUCUGAGAAUUUGGGAUGUGAAGACCGCAGGAGUCCGGAUUGUGAUUCCAGCACAUCAGACAGAGAUCCUGAGCUGUGACUGGUGUAAAUACAAUGAGAACUUGGUGGUGACAGGAGCAGUUGAUUGUAGUUUGAGAGGCUGGGACUUAAGGAAUGUACGACAACCUGUAUUUGAACUUCUUGGUCACACGUAUGCUAUUAGGAGGGUGAAAUUUUCACCAUUUCAUGCUUCAGUGCUGGCCUCUUGUUCCUAUGAUUUUACUGUAAGAUUCUGGAAUUUUUCAAAGCCUGAUCCGCUUCUAGAAACAGUGGAACAUCACACAGAGUUUACUUGUGGCUUAGAUCUCAGUCUCCAGAGCCCCACUGAGGUAGCUGACUGCUCCUGGGAUGAAACCAUAAAGAUCUAUGACCCCGUUUGUCUCACAGUUCCUGGUUAAGAUAUGCUGCUCUGGUCUGAAGCUGGGAUAUUGGCUAAUGAGCUACUUAACAAGAAAACAUUAACUACUGAAAAGAUAGAAAUCAGGCCUUCAUAUGUACUGAGAUUUAAGAAUUUUCAAACUUAUGUUGAAAUAAGUUUUAAGGCAGCUGAUAAAGACAUUGUAUCAUAUUGUAAGCCUGGUACACAAGCCAUAUUUUCUGUAAUCCUAAAGAAUAAUUAUUGUUAUGACAUAUCUUGUAAUGUCUAUUAAAAUGUUAUCUCUGUAUUGUAAAAUGGACUAAAAUAUGGGAAGUUAGUAGAUUACAUGGACAGUAAUAUAUUUCAUUUUUAAUUUGUCAUUUUGGAUGUAAAAUAUAACCACUUCUGUUGAUAAGAAUCAAAAUAAACUAUGUUUCUUGAUCGUA